UCAGAUCCUCAUUCUCAUCGUUUAUAUAUUUCUGAAAAUUCAGCAACUUACAUAGCCGAGUUAGGCCUUCGCGACUUCAGGAGUCAGGACUCGUGGAUUCAUAUUUGUUCUGGGAGCUUGCCGAGGCAGACGUAACAGCAAGCCACUGCCAUGAAAGCUCUGCUCAAUCCCGACCCGACGAUCACCUCCGCCGCCUCUAUCUCCGCCGUCAAUCGUCGCGGUCUCUGGCCGCCAUCUACCCAGACCUCUGUUCACUUCUCCGCAAAGCGUCUCCACCGUUUGAUUCGACGAAAAGCUCGGUUGACUGCAAAAGCCGUGAUUGAUACCGCCGCGAUUGAUCUGGAUCAGCUAGGGCUUCCCGAGCCCGAAAUCCGAAAUCCAUCGGUUUCAUCUUCGUAUCGGAGUUCCAAGUACCGGAAGCCCAAUCAGACGGUGUUGGAAGCUCAGGCCAAGAUUUGUACUGGGCCCACACAGACCAGGCCACUCACUGAAGCGCAGGCUUACAAGGUUUUGGAUACCAUUUUGAAAUCAGCUAAUGGAGAACUUAAAGAUGAAGAAGAAGUUUCAAAAGCACAGCUUGGGGCUUUUUUCGCUGCAAUGACCAUCCGCGCAAAUGCCUUUCCUGAAGCAACCCAAUGGAAUGAUGGGGAAAUGGGUGCAAUGAGCACAUAUUGGCCGCAUUUAGUUCGAGCACUUCCCCCAGAUGUACUUUUCAUAGCUGAUCCUGAAGGCUCUAUAAUGGGAAAUGGGAGUUCAAUUGGGCCCCAGUAUGUUGGGAGCAAUACAACUGAAAUGAGAUUGGUGGGAGCCCUUAGGGAAGUCUUGGCUGGAGGUCAUCUAGGAUAUGAAGAGGUUCAAGGUGUUUUAAAAGAUGUUCUUCCACUGAAAUUGGGAAAUGAAACAUCAGCAAGUGAGUCACUGCUAGCGGCUUUUUUAAUAGGCCAACGUAUGAACAGAGAAACAGAUCGUGAAUUGAAAGCUUACUGCCUAGCAUUUGAUGAUGAACUUGGUGCUCCAAUUGCCGAUGUUAGAUCAUUGACUCAUUAUGGUGAGCCUUAUGACGGGAACACUCGUUACUUCAGGAGUACACUUUUUGUCGCAGCUGUUAGGUCAUGUUACAGUGAAUCCUGCUUGCUUCAUGGGGUAGAAUGGAUGCCACCAAAGGGGGGUGUCAAUGAAGGACAGAUGCUGAAGUUUAUUGGAGCAAACACACAGUUGUCUCCAUCACAGGCAAAAAAACUUAUCGAGGAUGAGGAAGUCGGAUUUGCUUACGUAAGUCAACGUGAAGCUCUCCCAUCCUUGUAUUCAUUGACUGAGUUGAGGGAACAUAUAAAGAAAAGACCACCUCUAGCAACAACUGAGAAGGUUCAGCAAUUUGUGAGGGCACGGGGAAGGGAAGCUAUUGUUGCUGGAUUUUAUCACAAAGGUUUUGAAGAACCACUUCUAAUGCUCAUGAGAAGAAGAGGUGUCCAUUCUGGUUUGGUGGUGAAGGGUGAGGAAGGGGCGCUUUCAAUGACAACAAGAUUGCGAUCAUCAAGUUCAUCAAAAGGAAUCCCUGUGAAUUACUGUUCAGGGUUCCGUUCAUUGAAUGUGGCACCUGCUUAUGAAAUGGACGGUGUGUCGCGUGAGAGCUUCAGUCUUGAGGUAAACGCCAAGGACUACGGGUUUGAACCCUCUGAUACUCCAAGAACUGAUAGAUCUGUUUCGAGGAAUAUAGAAUUGGGUUUAGCAGCACUCAGUGGUGAGAAAGGUCCAGCUUAUGAUAGAAUUGUUUUGAACGCUGGAAUGGUAGAUCACUUGCUGGGAUGUGAUGGGGCACUAGAUAUAUCCUUGGCCCUGGACAGAGCGAGGGAGGCCAUUGACAGUGGUAAGGCCUUAAAGAGGCUGCUAAAUUACAUAAAGAUUUCCCAUAAAGUGUGAUCCAGUCAGUCUUGUUAGUUAGAUUUUUGAUCGUUGGAAAAGUGGCUAAAAUGCUUAUAAAUAUCCCCCAAAACUCAUUUUUUGAGUAUUCAAGUGGUUCAAUUGCAUAUCCAAAGUACCCGACAGCUCUCAAACAUUUUCAAACAAAGUAUCUAAACAAUCUGAGGCUCUCGAAACAUUAUUACACAUCUAUCGAAGAAGCACAAGGCAAGAGGAGAAAAGUUUUUCAAGUCUUUUACAACAAAUUUGAACUUCUCAAUUUGAGAUUAUAAAUUUAUUUAAAUAUUAUUAUCUUGUAUAAUUUGUUCUUAAUUACUUAUUUCUGUCUAAGUGUAAACAAAUUAUUUGUAACAUUUAAAUUAUCAUUGUGAAUUGUA